UUCUGACUUGUAAUGAAGUGAGUUCCUCUAGAGCGGACUGCGUCUCCACUAUGCAAUAUACAAACUGAUGGAAAGACGAGUGCGGUAUAGGUAUAGUACACCAUUUAUUCGCAGCGCAUCGGCAGUUUAGAACUUCCAGUUCAACUCAACAUGUAGAGCGCGGCUGGUGCCCAGACAUACCCGACAGACUGGUGCUGCUCAGCUGUUAUCAACAUGAUUCCGCCAGCGAACAUGAUCCAGGAGGACACGAUGGGCAAGGAGAACGAACGGGAGUACCAUGAGCCCCAGUCACCCACAUCCAUCAGCCAGCUGGAGUCAAAGUUGCAGAGGCUAAAGCGAUCACUAUCCUUCAAGACCAAGAGUCUUCGCAGCAAAAGUGCAGAUAAUUUUUUCCAACGACCGAUCGAGGAUGUGAAGUUUCAAACCGAACUGCUCUCUGAUGUCAGCAGCAGCACAGGUCAUCUGAGUACCAUCGGUGUGUCCGUCUCAGCGUCCCCAACGAUGUCCCUUCCUCCACCACCCCCUCCACUGCCUACCGUCAUCCCGGGCAAUCUGCCCAUCACAAUCUGUUCACCAUCCCGAGCCCCGCGCCCGGCGGACCCCAACGCACACACGUUUCUAGAGCACAUCUUCAAGAAGCCCCAUUUCUGUGACGUCUGCAACCACAUGAUUGUAGCUUGCCAAGGGGGAGCAGGCAAGGUGUUCGGCACCAAUGCUAAGCUGGGCCUCCGGUGCAAAGCCUGCAAGAUGGGCAUCCACAACAAGUGCCUGGAUCGAGUUGGACAGCAGAGAUGCAUGGGGAAAUUGCCCAAAGGUUUCCGGAGAUACUCUAGCUCCCCUCUGCUGAUUCAGGAACAGUUUGGCUGCAUUAGGGAGGUGAUGCCUAUUGCCUGUGGCAGUAAAGUUGACCCGGUGUAUGAGACUCUGAGAUUUGGAACCUCUCUGGCACAAAAGACCAAGCGGACCAGUGGAUCAGAGUCACCACAGAGAAACUCUACCAGUGACGUGGCUCAGGUGGCAGAAGAAAAGACGGCCCACAGCAGUCGAGCUCAACUCACCAGGAAACCCAGUGACAACGUUUUUACGCCCCUGGAGAAUGGAACAGAACAUUUUCAUAUUGCUGAAAGGAAAUCAGAAGAAUCACCUUCAAACAGAGAGCUGAAGAGGGACCCUCUGCAGCUCAAUACUUAUGUGGCUUUGUUUGAAUUUACCCCCCAAGAUAACCAAGACCUAGAAAUGAGACCUGGAGAUCGAAUAAUCCUGGCAGAUGAUUCCAAUGAUGACUGGUGGAAGGGUGUGAUUGAAGAUAGAAUAGGUUAUUUCCCAGCAUCCUUUGCGCAUCAGGUGAGGGCGGGCGACAGGGUGUUCAGAUGUAACCGAACCUUUAUUGGCAGUAAGGAGCAAGGGCAGAUCACCCUGAAGGAGGGACAAAUUUGUGUCAGUGGUGAGGAUGAACACAAUGGCUUCAUCAGAGUAGCCAGUGGGAAAAAGAGAGGAUUCGUGCCCUGUGAUGUCCUGGAGAAUAUAUGAAGUGAAAGAACAGAGAGAAGAGAUGGUUCGUUUAAAGAAAAGGAAAGACUUCCCAGGGCGAUGACUUUCCAGCACUGUCUCUGUGACUGUUUGAAUGAUCUAUGAAUCCACCUGUAGGGUGACCAGACGCUGGAGGGCUCGUCAGGAGGGAUCAGAACAGCCCUGUUCUAACCCCUGUCUCCCUCAGUGACAAAGGAAGAAUGUACAAUGACUCCAAAGAGUAUUUGGACAUCUAAGUUGCGCCUAAAAAUGUAUAUAUUUAAUUUCAUUAACUAACAAAACCAAACCAUCUGAAAAAAAAAAAUGCUGCCAGAGCUUUUCUCAAAACUAACGCUACUUUUUCAAGCCAUUUUUUUAGCCCAUCAUACUUGCUGAAUGAAAUCCAAUACUUGUUUCUUACUAAGUCGAGGUGAUGAAUCCAAACAUAGU